AUGAUCGUUACAAUCAAAGACUUUGAUUUUCACACCGCCAAUAAAGGAGGAGUUUUCUACAUCGACGCUUCAGUGAUCUCGAAUGACGAUAAAUUUUUUCCUGAUGGAUUCUCAGGAGAAGAAAUUGAGCUCCGUCUGCCUGUUUCAACUAAACAUCAGCUCGAAGUCGAGUUCCUUCACCUGCUCGAGUUUCGCCACACCAAGAAGCAGCUACUGAUCGAGAUCGAACGCGAGGCUCUUCAAACACUCUCUGAACAGAUGAGAAAUGAGCCAAAAGCGUACAUUUUCAGGUACACUAUGCCAUUCCAACCUGAAGAAGAGCCAUCUCAUGACUGUCCCAUCUGCGGUCAAGAAAAUGUCUUCCAAUCUCCGUCCGUUCUUGGAUGGAACUUGCGUACAACUCCCGACGAUGAUGUUCUAACGCAGCCCGAGCAAACAGGAACGAUUUACAUCAACGAGGACUACCAAGCUGUUCCACCACCAAAAAAGUCUCGGAGCCUCUGA